AUGGCACCCGUCAUCGAUAGUACAGUCAUCCCAGGCACCGUCAUGCUGGUGGAUGUAAACCAUGUCAUGACAGCUCGGCAUUUAGAUCGCGGAGAUCGCGAUAUUGUGCUGGUCCCCACGCCCUCGAAUGACCCAGAAGACCCUCUCAAUUGGAGCCGGAGACGAAAACUUUUGUCCACCGUCUGUGUGAGCAUGUACACAAUGUUCUCGGGGAUUGCUUGCUCCGUUCUCUAUUCAGUGCUCACACCGCUCCACGAAGCAACGGGGCUGCCUGUGAGUACACUCAACGAAGGAACUGGCUAUAUGUUUUUAUUGGCGGGCUGGGGCUUGUUAUUUUGGCAGCCCUUUGCUAUGCAAUAUGGCAAACGGCCGACAUAUAUCAUAUCCUUGAUUGGAAUUUUGGGAAUGACAAUGUGGGGUCCAUACGCAGGCACCAAGGGUCAAUGGCUGGCACGAAAUAUUCUCCUGGGCUUUUUCACAGCGCCUGUGGAAGCACUGCCCGAGAUCUCUAUCACGGAUGUGUACUUCACUCAUCAACGAGGAACAUAUAUGGGUCUAUACGCAUUCUGCCUAGCAGGAAGCAACUACCUCGCACCUGUGAUUUGCGGGUUCAUCGCUGAGUACCAUGGCUGGCGGUGGGUGUUCUACUGGCCAAGUAUCUUCCUUGGCUGUGUAAUCACCUUUCUUUUCUUCUUCUGUGAAGAAACUAACUACGUUCGAUCACAUGUCGACGAGACUAGCACUGUUGUGUCAUCAAACAGCUCCCACAGCGGUGAACAUGUGGAGAAAGCAACCUUCGCUGUUGAUCCCGAAGCUGCGACUGAGACUGGUGCGGUUUAUAUCAAGAAGUCUUAUGUGAAGAAACUGGCCCUGUGGGGGCCGCAUCAGAAGCAUAAUACGAUGUUUCGUCGUUUUUGGCAGUGCUUGUACUAUCUGUCAUGGCCAGUUAUCUUCUAUGCUGGAUUUUCCUAUGGAUCUUACCUGGUUUUCUUUAAUAUUAUGAAUGGAACUGCAUCUAUCAUUCUUGGUGGACCGCCAUACAACUUUGCAUCUUCAAUGGUCGGCCUCAGUUAUCUGGCGCCAGUUCUUGGUGUAGCUAUGGGAUCUCUCUUUGCCGGUCGAUUCAGCGACUGGCUCACCGUCAAACUCGCCCGUCGGAACAACGGCGUCAUGGAGGCGGAACAUCGUCUAUGGCCCUUUCUCGCUUGUCUUGUGCUUGUGCCCGGAUCCCUUCUGCUGUGGGGUGUUGGCGCUGCCCAUGAAGUCCACUGGUUUGGACUGCUUGUGGCGAUGUGCAUGAUAGCCUUUACCAAUACCUGUGGCAUCACACUUAGUAUCAACUAUUUUAUUGACAGCUACCGAGAGCUGAGCGGUGUCGCCAUGGCGACUGUGAUCCUUGUCCGGAACACCAUGUCCUUUGCAAUUAGCUAUGGUAUCACCCCCUGGGUCCAAAACUUGGGAUACCAGAACUGCUUUAUCUCUGCCGCUUUUGUCGGCAUGACUUGCGCCUCAGUAUUCCUCUUCAUCAUCAAAUUUGGAAAGACUUUCCGCGAGCGCUCGCGCGAGAAGUAUUGGAAAAUUGUUCAGGAGAACUGGGAGAAAGGAAUGGGCCACUAG